CGUCAGUCGCUCAGCCACAUGCUAUUAAAAGAGCCGUGAUCCAGACGAGUAACUCGGCUGUCACUGGCUCUGAAUGAACAGAGAGGACGGCAGUCUGCUUUCCUGACCGGACAACAACACGCAUUUCCUCCGAAGGCUGGCUUAACUCUUUACUCACACUAAGAUGGGUCUCCCAUCGGUUAUGGUGCUGCCGCUGCUGAUCGUGGUCUUCGCUGGAGUUUACUAUGUUUACAAUGAGGUCAUGCGCUUCAUGUCCAAGUCCAUGGUGCGGAACAAAGUUGUGGUGAUCACAGAUGCUGUGUCCGGAAUGGGAAGCGAAUGUGCCAGACUGUUUCAUGAAGGCGGUGCGAGGCUGGUUUUGUGCGGGCCGAGCUGGGAUAAGCUUGAAUCUCUGUAUGACUCUCUGUGCAGUGGAUCAGACCCCAGUAAAACUUUCACACCCAAGCUAGUGCUGCUGGACUUCAGCGAUAUGGAGAACAUUUCGGAUGUGGUCACAGAGAUCGGAGAGUGUUACGGCUGUGUGGAUGUGCUGAUAUGCAACAGCAGCAUGAAGGUCAAAGCACCGGUGCAGAAUCUCUCUCUGGAGAUGGACAAAACCGUCAUGGACGUCAACUACUUCGGGCCCAUAACGCUGGCCAAAGGCGUUCUUCCGUUAAUGAUCACGAGACGGAUGGGUCAGUUUGUGCUGGUCAACAGCAUCCAAGGGAAACUGGCUCUACCAUUCCGUACAUGCUAUGCCGCGUCCAAGCAUGCAGUCCAGGCGUUCUUUGACUGUCUGAGAGCAGAGGUGGAGGAGUACGGGAUCUCCGUCAGCACCAUCAGCCACACCUUCAUUAACGCUGUAGCAGAGAACGGCGCUCCCUCCCAAACGCCGCCCACCAACCCCCUCUGGGCCUACAUCUCUAGUAAGCUGAACACUCACGGCGUGACUCCCAGCAGUCUGGCCCAUGAGAUCGUGAGGACGGUGAACCGGCAGAAUCGAGAGGUGCUCCUCGCCCAUCCCGUGCCGUGGGUCGCCCUCUACAUCCGCUCGCUGCUGCCCAGCUUCUUCUUCGCUGUGGUGGCCGCCGGCGUGAAGGACGGAGCCAUGGACGAGCAGCUGAAAUAAAGACAGACGCCAGGCUUUCAUCAGCUUUGAACUGCUACAGGAUCCAGUGUAUUAAACAAUAUAUAUCACACUUCCCAUGUUUUCUGGAAUGGUAUGUUUAAAUAUGCAAAUGAGGCAUUGCCUAAUGAAAUAUGCACUCAUUUGCAUUCAUUUCCAGAACAGAAAUUAGAAAUUUGUUGAUGCAUUAUUAUUGGUUUUCUCUUUUUAUCACUCCAUACAUACUGUCAACAGACAUUUUCACCAAUGUUGUUUAAAUCAGUGUGAAUAAUAAAUGAACAAGCCCCUCAGUAAAAGCCUAUUUUCAGUCUAUAGGAAUAAAGCUGUAAAGUUUGCUGAAUGUAAGAGAAGAAAAGAAAAACAACUCUUUGAAGAAUUGAAAUAUACAGAUGCAAAUAGAUGAAGUGCAAUACAAUAAACUCUUAAAUGUGCAUUUAUGAUGUUUUAUUUCCACUAGUCUGAAAGAAGAUAUUGUAUGGAAGCAAAAAAAGUCUAAAAACUUGAAAAGGAUUAUUCUUCAUCCAGUUAACUUAAGUAAAAGAUAAAUUAAAUAGCAGAAUUUAAA